AUGAUCCACGGCUUCCAGAGCAGCCACCAGGACUUAUCCUUCGGGCCCUGGAAGCUGACGGCGUCCAAGACCCACAUAAUGAAGUCAGCGGAUGUGGAGAAGUUAGCUGAUGAAUUGCAUAUGCCAUCUCUCCCUGAAAUGAUGUUUGGAGACAACGUUUUAAGAAUCCAGCAUGGCUCUGGCUUUGGGAUUGAGUUCAAUGCUACAGAUGCAUUAAGAUGUGUGAACAACUACCAAGGAAUGCUUAAAGUAGCCUGUGCUGAAGAGUGGCAGGAAAGCAGGACGGAGGGUGAGCACUGUAAGGAGGUUGUGAAACCGUAUGAUUGGACCUAUACAACAGAUUAUAAGGGGACGUUACUUGGAGAAUCACUUAAGCUAAAGAUUGUACCUACAACAGAUCAUAUAGAUACAGAGAAAUUGAAAGCCAGAGAACAGAUUAAGUUUUUUGAAGAAGUUCUCCUGUUUGAGGAUGAACUUCAUGAUCAUGGAGUUUCAAACCUGAGUGUGAAAAUUAGAGUAAUGCCUUCUAGCUUUUUCUUGCUGUUGCGGUUUUUCUUGAGAAUUGAUGGGGUGCUUAUUAGGAAGAAUGACACAAGACUUUACCAUGAGGCUGACAAGACCUACAUGUUACAAGAAUAUACCUCAUGAGAGAGCAAAAUUGCUAAUUUAAUGCAUGUUUCACCUUCCCUCUUCAUGGAACCUAAUGAAAUAUCACAGUAUUUGCCGAUAAAGGAGGCAGUUUGUGAGAAGCUAAUAUUUCCAGAAAGAAUUGAUCCUAACCCUGCAGACUCAAAAGAAUGUACAUCUGUGGAAUAGAAUUUAUUACAGCAUAUACUGACCGUGCAAUCUGACUGGAGACCUUGGGGCUAUUUGGAGGGGGUAUUUUUAUUAUGAGAAUUAAUUGCCUUGUCUAUGUGCAGAUUUUCUGUAGCCUUAAAGGAAAAAUAAAUAAAUAAAAGAGUGUCGCAGGCAGUUUCCACUCAA